GGAAGAGGAUUUAGACGUAGAACUUCUGGGUCGAAAGACCGCUGAGAUGAUCUCAUCCAGACUGCCACCCAGGAGAGUGGCCUCUGUUCAGCCCUGUCACUGGAGUUUUGGCUUCCGCCUGGAGAAGUCAGCCUUGAAUCUGUGGAAGCCCGUUACGGUGGCAUCCAUCUUGGUACUUUUGUCCUCUGCAAGUUAGGGUGAGUGGUGGGGAAGCUGGGGAAUGCCGCCUCUUCUAGAAUUUGAAACCCUUCGUGGUGCCCUGGUAACUCCCUCCCUGUGCAUCCUUCUCCUCAACUAACCCUCGCAGCCUCCGAGCCUCCACAUUCAUGAGGGAGUCUAAAAAUCACAGCUCUUUCUAGUAGAUGUAUCGGCCAGCACAUUUGCAACUGAACCUUGUCGCCUGAGAACUUACUUAUUCAACAAGGAAUGUUUGAGUGCCAUGCUUAGUUACGGGAUUUACUGUGCACGAGAUGACAGGGUCCCUGUGCUUAUGCGUUGGGGGCGGGGGACACAGAUAGGGAUGGGGAAGGAGAGAAGGUGACUGUCCUUCAAGCUGCUGCUGGAAAAUGGACUCUUCCCAAGGGACUCUCCUCGGCCCUUUCACCGUGUUCACUUCUCACCCGCAUUCUGGACUCCCAGGCGGACAAAGGACCAGCUUUGUCAGCAGAGCUUUCAGGCACAGGGCCCUCUGGCCCACGGCCACUUCCCCAAAGGCUCAGAAGUGCCCUUUGGCCCACGUUGCUCUCCAUACACAGCCUUGUGGACAAUUCGUCCUGAACAUUGGACCGAGGGCAGAGGCCACUUAGAUGCCUCCUCUCCGUCACUGUCUGAUAGUUUGAAAGUCCAGUUGGAUCAAUAACUGUUAAAUGCAUCAGGUUUUCUUCUGGAGGCUCCCUGCCAGCCUCCCUCCCUUUCCUGACUUCGCAUUCCCUCCCUAGUUGUAUCACAGAAUCGGUCACCAAGGGCCUGUCAGAAAGCGCCGGCUCUCCCCACCCCGGCUUUCUCCCGCUGCCCACGGCAUACAGCUUAGCAACAGAUGCCGUUCUUCCGGCACCGAGGGAGACCAGCUCCGUGCUCCUGCUGUCCAUUUUUCUUGAAAGGCCCUUGAACAUUGGCUUACACCAUGGUUUCCCACCAUUUGAAGAGGGACUAGAACUCGGGUCCCUACCCGACUCGCUUAAAGAAGGGGACGUGGGCGAUAGUUCUUGGUUGGUGACCAGUGACAGGGGCUCGGGCAACACUGUCGCUCUUCCAGACUUGACAGAACUGGCUGCAUCUUAGACCAGGUGGAGUUCAUUAAACUCUCUUGCAAUCUAGGAGUCUCCAGAGGUUGAACUUGCUCCCUGAAAGGCUAGGCUGUCAGGCAGUCAACCCAGCUCUGGUUAUCCUCACUGAGAACAGUUUCUCUUCACUAAGAGUGGUGCAUUCAGGGGAACGCUGUUCCCAUGUGGAUUUAAAUCCUUCUGUUCCAAAAUUCACUCCUGAUAGUAAAUAAGAAGGAUGGGAGAUGGGUUGAAAACAGUCUCAUAGGAGCCUCUUUGGAAAAGGUGCCAAAGAUUAUAGGACCUCAGAGCUUAUGAGUUUAAUGACAUAUUUUCCAACAUUGUCUUUCCGGAAAGCAGUUUUUUGAGAACUGGGGGAGCCAGAAACACGUUACAGAAUUGAUUUUUUAUGGCUCUGGAAUAACAACUCCUCUGAGCCUGAGUCUUUAGCUCUGUGAUCUGCCUCCUAGUUGGCUACAUCUUACAGGGUUAGGAUGUGCCCAGGGGACCCUUGGUCAAAUAGCCCUGACAGCCGAUGACCCAGCUUUCUCUUCCUCUGCCCUCCUCUAGCUGGGAGGUCAGUAGCAUUGCCCAAGACUCCUCAGAGCAACUGGGGUUCUUUCCGCCGGCGGAGACUGCAGCCUGGGCUCUGUGGCACUGAGGCGGCAUCGGCUGCAGUGAGUGUGGGGGUCCCGGACAUCAGCCUUACCUGGUUGGUUUCUGAGAGUUAAAAGAAGUCAAGGGUCAGGGUCUCCUGGGAAUUUUACCGAGGAUGACGGGGCCUGCAACGCGAAUGGCCAGGAACGUAGAGUAGAUAGUCUGGGGCCACCAGCUUGUCCAGAAUGCAGCCGAAAUAGCUGGUCUUCAGAGUGACUACUUUUUCACCAGGUUGAGCAUAGAAGGAAGGACUGGCAGAGAAGUUUGCUUAAAGAGAGAGGAGUUAAUGCAGAAUGCUUUUAUUUAAAAGAAGGCUAAACCUGAAACCUGUUUUAGUCUCUUUCGGCCCCUCAUUAGAGAAGCCCUCAACUUCAUCUAAAAUCUCUUCUGUCUUAAAGCUACCUUCAUUUUUCAUUUCUGACCCUGAACCCUUGUCAGAAACAUCAAGCUGUGGGGCACCUCCCUAUGGGCCUCCAAGAAGUGGCCGCGUGUCUGUGAUUCAGCCUCCAACCUAAUGCCUUCUGCUCAGGGAACCUGAGUUCCCAGGCAGCCUGGGCCCCAUUGGUGGCCAUGGAGAGGUAGAGGACUGACCCUGUGGCUCUCAAGCUGAGGGCUUUCUGAUGGACCUGGGGGCCUCUGCUUUGCAGCUUGAAGAGCUCCGAUGGCGGUCAACAAGGGCCCAGCCUUGCUGGACGGAGACCUCCCUGAGCAGGAGAACGUGCUGCAGCGGGUCCUGCAGCUGCCGGUGGUGAGCGGUACCUGCGAGUGCUUCCAGAAGACCUACACCAGCACCAAGGAGUCCCACCCCCUGGUGGCCUCGGUGUGCAACGCCUACGAGAAGGGCGUGCAGGGCGCCAGCAGCCUGGCGGCCUGGGGCAUGGAGCCCGUGGUCCGCAGGCUGUCCACGCAGUUCAUAGCUGCCAACGACCUGGCCUGCCGGGGCCUGGACCACCUGGAGGAAAAGAUCCCAGCCCUCCAGUACCCUCCUGAAAAGAUUGCCUCUGAGCUGAAGGACACCAUCUCCAGCCGCCUGCGCAGUGCCAGGAACAGCAUCAGUGCGCCCAUCGCCAGCACUUCGGACAAGGUCCUGGGGGCCGCUCUGGCCGGCUGUGAGCUCGCCUGGGGGGCGGCCAAAGACACCGCCGACUAUGCCGCCAACACCCGAGCCGGCCGGCUGGCCUCUGGAGGGGCCGACUUGGCGCUGGGUGGUGUGGAGAAGGUGGUCGAGUUCCUCCUCCCUCCAGCCAAGGAGUCGUCAGGCCCUGCUCCAGGACGCCCACGGACCCAGAAGCCUCCCAAGGCCAAGCCAAGCCUCGUGAGCAGGGUUGGGGCCCUGGCCAACACCGUCUCUCAACACACCUUCCAGACCACAGUCGGGGUGCUGAAGCAGGGCCACGCCCUGGCCAUGUGGAUCCCCGGUAUGGCGCCCCUGAGCAGCCUGGCCCAGUGGGGUGCGUCAGCGGCCAUGCAGGUGGUGUCCCGACGGCAGAGCGAGGUGCGGGUGCCCUGGCUGCACAACCUCGCCGCCUCCCAGGACGAGGACCACGACGAGCAGACGGACACAGAGGGGGAGGAGGCCGAGCAGGAGGAUGAGUCAGAGACCGAGGAGAAGCAGCUGAGUGAGGUGGCAGCCCUGCCCAGCCCCCAGGGCCUCCUGGGCAGUGUGGCACACUCCCUGCACAAAGCCCUCCACAGCGCCGUGUCGGCCGUGACGUGGGCACCGGCAGCCGUGCUGGGCACAGCAGGGAGAGUGCUGCGCCUCACGCCAGCCCGUGCUGCGCCUCACGCCGGCUCGACCAAGGGGAGGGCCAUGUCCCUGUCAGACGCCCUGAAGGGCGUGACAGACAACGUGGUGGAUACAGUGGUACACUACGUGCCGCUCCCCAGGCUGUCACUAAUGGAGCCUGAGAGCGAGUUCCGGGACAUCGAGGAGGUCGUGCGCCAGGAGGCGGAGCGCAGGGGGUCUGGGGUGCUGCCCGCUGGCCCUGAGCCCACACCACGACCCGCACAGCACCGAGGCAGCCUGCGCAGCACGCGGGGCCUGAGCCUGGAGGACAGAGGGGACCCGCCCGCCGCGCCGCGCCCGGCCUUCCCGGCCUCGCCCCGCGAGAAGCCAGCGCGCAGGGUCAGCGACAGUUUCUUCCGGCCCAGUGUCAUGGAGCCCAUUCUGGGCCGAGCGCAGUACAGCCAGCUGCGCAAGAAGAGCUGAGCGCUCCGUGCCGCGGCCACCCGUCCGGCGCCACAGCCAGCGUUGCCCGCAAGUAAGCAGAACCCACACUUCCAAGAGAGCGUUGACGUCUUCAAAGUAGCCCCCUGGGCAGCCUGAGCCCCAUUCCAGACGACGCUGCCAAGGCACACGUCAUCUUUUGAGCAUCCUUUUGGGGCUCAAAAAUUGGGGCCGAGCCUAUUUUUAAGAAGAAUCGGAGCAGCAGCCUGCUUUGAUCCUGUAUCGUUCUUUUCUAAAAGGUUCUAAUUGCCUAACUUGAUCUUUCACUUCGUUAACCAAACUGUGGCCAAUUGACAUUUGACUGUUUCCAAAACUCAGAUCCAUCCUCUGUCGACAAAUACCCUGAAGGUCCAAGCAGGAGUUCCAGGCACAUUUUUAAGUCCUGAGCUCAGAGAUGCCUGAGCAUCCAACUUCUCAGUAGGCUACUCUGAAGGAACAGCAAUCAGGUGUAAAACUCGUGUGUUUAUCUAAAGAACAUCAGCGUCGCUUUUGAGUACCCGGUACCCGCGUCUUCACAGGCCGGACGCCGGCCUGUGCUCUCUAGCGCCACCUCCCGGCUCACAGCACAUUUCCUCUUGCAUCUUCUUGACUUCUACCUGUGCAUUCACCCUUCCAACCUUUUGAAUGCUGGCAUCUCCAGUGUGGGGAGGCGACAAUGGUGACCCUUCUUCACUUUAUAAAGUCUAUACUAUAUAGACCAUUCCAAGCCCUGUUUUGGAAAAUGUGGACAUUCGGUAAAUCUAAGAAAUGCACACAGGUAAUUAAAAAAUUCAAACACUGCGAAAGGGUGCGUCCCGGUUCCCCUUCACAAAAACAACCAGGGCGCCAGUUACAGUCUGUGCACGUGCCAGCCCGUGUGUGUGCACUCGCCACUGUGUUCACACAGCUGUGGGAUGUUACACUCACCUGGCCUUUUCACUUAAUACGUCUUAGAGAUCUGUUUGUAUCACCAGCAUAAAUGCUCCUUGCUCUUUUUAAUGGCCACAUAGUUAAGUGCCUUAUAAUGUAGAUGUGCUAUAAUUGAUUUAACUAGUUCCCUAAUGAAAGACUUUUAGACUUUUAGGUGGUUUCUUUUCUUUUUUUCUUUCUUCUUUUUUUUUUGCUACUGCAAACAGUAUCGCAAUAAAUGUCCUUAUACAGAAUGUCUCGUGUACAUGUGUGGAUAUAUCUGUAGAAUACA